GGAACUUUUGAGAAAGGAUCUCAACAAAACGAAGGAAGAAGUUGAAGCUGCCAUGAACAUCAUCAGUGGAGAGAGAGAACAACUCAGUCAAAUGAAAAUGGGCAUUGAAAAAGAGAAAGAGAAACUUUUCAAUGAGAAAGAAGAAUGGAAGCAAACGUUUGAGAUGGAAAAACAAGACCUUGAAAACUUGAAGUCAGAGCUGAAACAAGAGAGAGAAGAUCUAGGUAAGGUGAAUGAGAUGAUGAAUAAAGAGAAACUGGACUUGGAGUUGAUGAGUUCUGGCAUCCAGAAGCAGAUCAGUACAUUAGAGCAAGAUAAACAAGAAGAAGUAGAACUGAAGGAACCCAUGAUCACAAGACUGAUACAAGAACAGAAAACCAGUGAGACUAUUGCACUACCAGAAAGAGAAGAACUUGAACUUGUGAGAAAGGAUCUCACCAAGAAAGAGGAGGAAGUUGAAGCUGUCAUGAACAGCAUCACUGGAGAGAGAGAAAAACUCAGUCAGAUGAAGAUGGACAUCGAGAAAGAGAAAGAAUUACUUCUCAAUGAAAAAAAAGGAUGGAAGCAAAUGUUUGUGAUGGAAAAACAAGAACUUGAAAGCUUGAAGGCAGCACUGAUACAAGACAGAGAGGCUCUAGAGCAAAUGAAUGAGAUGUUGAAGAAAGAGAAGCUGCGAUUGGAGCUGAUGAGGUCUGAUAUCCAGAAGCAGAUUAAUAAAUUAGAACAAGAUGAAGAUGAUGAAGUACAAUUAAAGGAACCCAAGACCACAAGACUGACAAAAGAACAGCAAACCAGUGAGAGCAUUGUACUGGAAGAAAGAGAAGAAGUGGAACUUUUGAAAAAUGAUCUCCACAAGAAAACGGAAGAAGUUGAAAUUGCCAUGAACAGCAUCAGGGGAGAGAGAGAACAACUCAGUCAAAUGAAAAUGGAAAGAGAAGAACUUGAACUUUUGAAGAAGGAUCUGAACAAGAAGAAGGAAGAAGUUGAAGCUGACAUUCACAGCAUCAGUGGAGAGAGAGCUCAACUGAGUCAGAUGACUACAGAAAUUGAAAAAGAAAAAGAAAUACUUAUCAAUGAGAAAGACGAAUGGAAGAAAACAUUUGAGAUGGAAAAACAAGAUCUUGAAAACUUUAAAGAUCAGAUGACACAAGAGAAAGAGGAUCUGGAUAGAUUCAAUGAGACGAUGAAGAAAGAGAAACUGGACUUGGAGUUGAUGAGAGUCAAUGAGAUGGUGAAGAAGGAGAAACUGGACAUGGAGCUGAUGAGGUCUGACAUCCUCAAACAAACUGACUUAUUACAUCGAGAUGAAAAAGAUAUGAAAGACCAAAAAGACAAGUUAGAAAUGACAAAGGCUGAGCUUCAAAAGAAGAGAGAGCAUGCUGACAGUCUGUUUGAUGAGAUAAACAGAGAGAAAACCAACAUUAAAGAUCUGACCCUUCAGGUUCAGACAGCAAGAGACCAACUGGAAAACGUCAUGAACGUUUUUGCUUUAAAACAAAAAGAACAAGAAGUCAAAGAUGGUGAGAUCAAAACAAAAGAAGAAGAACUUCAAAUCAGUAAGAACACCAUACUGGCAGAAAGAGAAGAACUUGAACUUUUGAAGAAGGAUCUGAACAAGAAGAAGGAAGAAGUUGAAGCUAAGAUGAAGAAAGAGAAACUGGACUUGGAGUUGAUGAGGUCUGACAUCCUUCAACAAACUGACUUAUUACAACGAGAUAAAGAAGAUAUGAAAGACCAAAAAGACAAGUUAGAAAUGACAAAGGCUGAGCUUCAAAAGAAGAAAGAGCAUAUGACACAAGAGAAAGAGGAUCUGGAUAGAUUCAAUCAGAAGAUGAAGAAAGAGAAACUGGACUUGGAGUUGAUGAGGUCUGACAUCCUUCAACAAACUGACUUAUUACAACGAGAUAAAGAAGAUAUGAAAGACCAAAAAGACAAGUUAGAAAUGACAAUGGCUGAGCUUCAAAAGAAGAAAGAGCAUGCUGACAGUCUGUUUGAUGAGAUAAACAGAGAGAAAACCAACAUUAAAGAUCUGACCCUUCAGGUUCAGACAGCAAGAGACCAACUGGAAAACGUCAUGAACGUUUUUGCUUUAAAACAAAAAGAACAAGAAGUCAAAGAUGGUGAGAUCAAAACAAAAGAAGAAGAACUUCAAAUCAGUAAGAACACCAUACUGGCAGAAAGAGAAGAACUUGAACUUUUGAAGAAGGAUCUGAACAAGAAGAAGGAAGAAGUUGAAGCUGCCAUGAACACAGUCAGUGGAGAGAGAGAAAUACUUUGUCAGAUGACUACAGACAUUGAAAAAGAAAAAGAAAUACUUAUCAAUGAGAAAGACGGAUGGAAGAAAACAUUUGAGAUGGAAAAACAAGAUCUGGAAAACUUGAAAGAUCAGAUGACACAAGAGAAAGAGGAUCUGGAUAGAUUCAAUGAGAAGAUGAAGAAAGAGAAACUGGACUUGGAGUUGAUGAGGUUCAGACAGCAAGAGACCAACUGGAAAACGUCAUGA